AUGGAGCUGCUGGCUCCCGUCACCCUCCUGGCCCUGCUGGUGCUGGCAGUGGGACACCCUGACCCUGCGCUGGAUCAGCACUGGGAGCUCUGGAAAAAAACCUACGGGAAGGAAUAUCAGCCCCAGGAGGAUUCACUCCGUCGCCUGACGUGGGAGAAGAACCUGUGGCUGGUGACACUGCACAACCUGGAGCACUCCCUGGGGCUCCGCUCCUACACGCUGGGCAUGAACCACCUGGGAGACAUGACCAGCGAGGAGGUGGCGGCGUCGCUGACGAGGCUCCAGGUCCAUCCUCGCCCCCGUCGGAAUUCUGCAUUCCAGCCCCGAUCCCGGCCGCUCGGGGAGAUCCCGGAGGCGCUGGACUGGCGGGACAAGGGCUGCGUGACCGAGGUGAAGAACCAGGGCGCCUGCGGAUCCUGCUGGGCCUUCAGCGCCGUGGGAGCGCUGGAAGCGCAGGUGAAGCUGAAAACCGGGAAUUUGGUGUCCCUGAGCGCCCAGAACCUGGUGGAUUGCUCCGGGAUGUAUGGAAACAAGGGCUGUGCCGGGGGCUUCAUGACGGAGGCGUUCCAGUACAUCAUCGACAACGGCGGCAUCGAGUCCGAGGAGUCCUAUCCCUACACGGCUCAGAACGGGACGUGCCACUACAACGCCUCAGCCCGCGCCGCAUCCUGCUCCCGGUUCCUGGAGCUGCCCGAGGGUGACGAGGCCGCGCUCAGGGAAGCCGUGGCCACCGUAGGCCCCGUGGCCGUGGCCAUCGACGCCACCCGACCCAGCUUCUUCCUGUACCGCGCCGGGGUGUUUGAUGACCCCCAGUGCUCGCAGGAGGUGAACCAUGGGGUGCUGGUGGUGGGAUACGGCUCCCUGGAGAACAAGGAAUAUUGGCUGGUGAAGAACAGCUGGGGCGUGCGGUUCGGAGACGCGGGAUACAUCCGGAUGGCCCGGAACGCCUCCAACCUCUGCGGCAUCGCCAGCUACGCCUCCUACCCCCUCAUUUAACCCGACCCGCGCUCCCAACUCCAUCCCAAGGCUCCACUU